ACGCUAUUUGUCAGUGGUCUCCCCAUGGACGCGAAACCACGAGAACUGUAUCUUCUAUUUCGAGCGUACAAGGGGUACGAAGGAUCUCUCCUGAAGAUUACCAGUAAGAAUGGAAAGACAUCUUCGCCAGUUGGGUUUGUAACGUUUACAACAAGGGCAGGGGCUGAGGCGGCAAAACAGGACCUCCAGCAAGGGAUUCGCUUCGAUCCUGACCUUCCUCAGACGAUCCGUCUUGAGUUUGCGAAGAGUAAUACCAAGGUUAGCAAACCAAAACAACAGUCUCCUCCUGCAGCAACUACUUAUCCUACCUUACUGCACCCCGUCACCGGACAAGAAAUUGGAACCGCUCUGUUUCCGGGUGUUCAUGAUGGCUGGUCACCACAUCCUCUUUCUUAUGCUGAAGUACCAGUUUCGUCAGCUCUUCAUUCCCCCGCUUUGUUACAUCCGGCGUUGCAUGCUCAACUUCCGCCCCACAUGGCGGUACCACAUCCUGCCCUCACGCACGCCGCUCUGGCAGGAAGUGCACCUAUCCACGCCACAAUACCACCCUCCCACCUAGUGGCGAGUCCGGCGUUAGCGAGUCCUGUAGGAUCUGCCUCUUCUACUAAUAAUACACCUCCUUGUUCAACUCUCUUUGUUGCGAAUCUGGGCCAAUUUGUUUCAGAGCAGGAACUCAAAGACUUGUUUGGCUGUUUUCCCGGUUUUUGUCGAUUGCGAAUGCACAACAAAGGAGGAGCGCCAGUGGCUUUUGUGGAAUAUCAGGAUGUACGUCUAGCAACACAUGCUUUGAACGCUUUCCAAGGCUACGUUUUAUUUUCGUCAGAUCGCGGAGGAAUACGAAUUGAAUACGCAAAGAACAAAAUGGGAGAGGUUUCACGUGAUUGAAAGAAGACAAGUGAACCAAGAGAGAUGUUGUAAUAUUGAAUUAAUGACUUUGUUAUUGGAAAGCGUAUUUGAAGCGUAGUAUAACGCGUAUAAACUGUGACAAGAACAAUGAGUGUUACAAGGACUAUAACAAGGUUUGGUUUUUUAUUAUCCUGGAUUGAAGACUGUUUCAAUCUUGGAAUUGGACCAUUUUUUCCAUUAUAUUGAUAACGUAAAAACGAAUAGAGUUUUAAGUUCUGAACAAUUAUUACUUUUUACUUACAAUUUUUUGUG